AUGGGGCGAUGGACGCGCGCGUGCGGCGCGCUCGCGCGACGCGCGCUCGCGAUCGAGAUUCGCGCGCCGGCGCGCGCGCCGGUGAUGGCGAUGCGCGCGCUCGAGCGACGGUUCGCGACGAUGACGACGACGACGACGACGACGACGACGGCGAGCGCGGCGAGCGCGGCGGCGGCGCGAGGACGCGGCGACGCGACGACGACGACGACGGCGGCGGCGGCGGCGGCGACGAGCGCGGACGCGACGACGGCGACGGUUUUCGGUGAGAGCGCGCGGAUGGUCGACGCGCGAUCGAACGAGAGCGAUCACGGGAAACACGCGACGACGGGGAUGACGGUGGGCGCGCUGCUCGGACGCCUGCGCGCGCUCGAGCGAGACGCCGAGCGCGAUAUCGGUGGGUUUUUCGACAUGGCGAGCGUGAAACGGAAGCGGAAGAAGGCGAUGAAUAAGCACAAGCAUCGCAAGCGCAGGCGUAGGGAUAGGCACCAGAACAAGUAG